GUAGUUAAGCUAGCUCACUUCUCGCCGAUCGCUCGACGGCAUCGACGGUGGGUGCUUCGCGCUGCACGCGCCGGGAAUUUGCAUUCGCGCGUCGAUAUCACAAGCCAACGGUUCUCGUAUAAAACCGCGAAAACACAAGAAUCUUCACCUUUGCGGUUCGGUCAUCAUAUACAUUUGAUACGUGAUUAUAGUGAAAAGUGUAUACAAAAAACUAUUUGAAAUAUAUUUUGAUGAAAGUUUUGCGGCGCGUGUUAAGUUUAUUUAAGUUUGUAAUCAAUUUGUUGACGUAAUUUAUUGGAAAAACGAUGGCAGAACAGCGGAAAAUUUAUCUCCAGCCUUCGAAGCGCGAGAAACGCGAUAUCGAGUUUGAUAACUUGAGUUAUAUCGUCAAAAACAGAAAAGGAACGAAACAAAUUCUAAACAGUCUUUCCGGAAUGUUUAAAUCCGGAGAGUUGACGGCCAUCAUGGGUCCUUCCGGUGCCGGCAAGUCGUCCUUACUUAAUAUACUUUCUGGAUUUCACAAAAGUGGCACGUCUGGUAUGAUUCGAUGCACGGGCCAGGAAGUGAAAUCCAUUGACAAAGUAUCUUAUACCAAGGACUCCUGUUAUAUCCUUCAGGAUGAUAUGUUAUGCCCGCUUUUCACGGUUUGGGAGACGAUGGUUUUCGCGGCCAAGUUAAAAUUGGGCACUACAAUACCGCCAGAAUCACGUCAUUGGCUUUUGUCAAAUAUUUUGGAAACUUUGGGCCUGGCGGAAACCAUUCACACACGUUGCAAUCGCUUAUCAGGCGGGCAACGAAAGCGACUCUCAAUCGCGUUGGAACUUAUCGACAAUCCUCCAAUUAUGUUUUUGGAUGAACCAACCACAGGAUUGGAUAGUUUAUCAUCGUUUCAGUGUGUGUCGGUGUUAAAAGACUUGGCACACGAUGGCCGGACGAUUAUCUGCACGAUACACCAGCCGAGCGCGUCAAUCUUCGAGAUGUUCGACCACGUCUAUGUCAUCGCGGAUGGGCAAUGUCUGUAUCAGGGCACGGCCCUGAAUACAAUUCCGUUCCUCGCCUCUGUCGGCCUUGACUGUCCGCAGUACCACAAUCCUGCUGACCAUCUGCUCGAAGUGGCAAACUGUGAAUAUGGUGAUUUUAAUGACAAGCUCGUGAAAGCCACACGAGAGAGUAACUGGCGUAUUAAGCCUAAGCCACAUAAAUUGCAAUUAAUUCAGCAGCCGUCCCGAUCACACCUGCUCACAAAUGAAGAACGGACGAUGGUUCUGGUGCAAAAACCCUCCGAAUUUUAUCGAUUCCGAGUACUUUUACUGCGAAACCUGAUACAAUUAUAUAGAGAUUGGACGAUUCUGCAUCUUAGAUGUGUACUGCACGUGCUCGUAGGAAUUUUUAUUGGAUUGUUAUACUACGAUUACGGUAACGACGGCUCAAAGACGAUGAAAAAUAUUGGGUACUUUAUAAUAUCUAUGGUAUAUUUAAGUUAUACAACCAUGAUGCCAGCUGCUCUCAAAUUGCCGUCAGAAGUGCCAAUCUUACGAAAAGAGAGUUUCAACAAUUGGUUUAAUCUGAGUACUUACUACAUGUCGUUUAUUAUGGUCCACAUGCCCUUACAAAUGAUCUUUGCCGCCAUAUAUACCGUAUCAUCAUAUUUUUUGACUGGCCAAGCAUUGGAAAUAGCCCGCAUGGGGAAGGUCUCACUGAUAAUGAUUCUGUCUACGCUGACAGCAGAAUCAAUAGGUGUUAUUCUGGGCACAUCAGUCAAUCCAAUCAAUGGAACAUUCCUGGGAGCAAUCUCGCUGGCGUUGUUUCUUGUAGUGGCUGGCUUCUUGAUGUUGUUCACGCACAUGUCGAAAGUGAUGUACGGCCUGUCAUACCUGUCUUACAUUGCUUAUGGCAUGGAGGCAUGCGUAGAAGCGAUGUACUUUGAUCGCGCCAGUUUGCCAUGUCCGGAUGAUGUUACUUAUUGCCACGUGAAGACGCCUAGCUUAUUACUUGCUGAACUAGGCAUGGAUAAAGGCAAUUAUUACUACGAUGUACUGUUUCUGGUCGGACACGUUCUCAUCGGCAAAUUCCUCGGCUUCUUCACGCUGCGUCACAAGCUGCGCAAACUUAUGCCUUAAUUGGAGAUGAAUAUCUCCAAACAAAACGAUUUUUAAAUUUAAUUUGGCGUGCAGAAUCUGAUACGUAUCGAUAAUGUGUUUUAGUCUGUGAUGUUUACAAUAUUACCAAGAUGAGCAGCCAAUUCGACGACGCGAAUAGAGUGAAAAUUGCGUUUACACCGAGAUAUUUAAUGUUAUUGUUUGUAUAUUAUGUGAAUAAGAGAUUAAUGAUAAUGUUGUGGAAUAAAUUAAGUAUUUGUAGUGGUAA